AACGGACAGAAGCACGUGGCGCUGUGCCGGCCUGAGGCCAACAUUGCCAAGCCACAAUUAACCUCACUUAUCGCGACUUUCCCGCCUCCUUCCGACCCAUUUAGCUUCCCAUUCUGCCUGUUAAUGCCUACUAAUGUGCUCAUACCAUCUAUCAAGAAGACGAACCGCGGCAGACCUAAGCACCAGACGGACGGAACGAGGCUUUGACGGUGUCAAUGGACGACUCAUGUAGCCGCCGACGUUCUGCUUGAUCCGCACCUUUGCCAGAGCAUUGCGUGCAUCGUCAACAACAUCACAACGCCAGCAGCAUCCAGAAUAUCUACUCUCCUUCCCGGUCUUGGAUGAACAGGAUGGCCAACCACGCUUUGUCACCAGGGCUCGAUUCUGCCAGUCCUAAUCAGACUGGUGCUUUUACUCCGAUGGACAGAUCUCUACCGUCGAGGAAAGUCACAUCAGAGACUCUUACGGACGCCUAUGUCGCGUUCAUCCUCUACUGCAACCCUAGCUUUGCUCUAGACGUCGACACCGAAACUCUGAGGAACAAUUUCGAGAGCCCUCCGAGGAGCGACAACAAAGACUUCGAGACCUUCCGUCUGUACGAGUUGAUUCGCCAGUUCGACGCCAAAGAAAUCAAGACAUGGGCCCAACUCGCGUUGGAUCUAGGUGUUGAGGCUCCCGACACUGCCAAGGGUCAGUCCGUCCAGAAGGUCCAGCAAUAUACCGUGCGACUCAAACGCUGGAUGCGAGCCAUGCAUGUCGAUGCCUUCUUCGAGUACCUCCUCGGGAAAGAGCACUCUUACUUCACCGACGUGCCACCUCCAGCUGAUCCGCAUCCCCCGAAUGGCCGAGAUGGCGUGGUCGCGGAGGAAGAUCUGGCAAUCAGAGCAUUGGAUCCCUCGUUCCGCCCGAAACGAGGGCGACGACGUAAUUCGGAUGUUGAGCAGGAUGGCGCGGCAGGGUCAGCGGUAGGGCAUAAGCAAGCCCGGCUGAUGGACCACGACUCCAACGCCCUCGUGGCCUCGCCACAUCCAAUGAACAUGGGCCCGUACAGUGCACAUCCAAGUAAUUCGCACGAUCCGUGGGCCGUGGCAUCCGCCGUUACACCUCAGACUUUUGCACCUUGGGCGAACAGAAGCGCUGUGCCACACUCUGCUGCUACUUCAUCGCAGUUUCGAUGGCAUGUCAACGAUGCCUCUCAGAAUCCACUGACGCCUCACCCAAUGACUGCGCAUCCCACCACCUACACGUCAGAGCGUUUCGAUACCUCUCUGGAGAACGAGCCGAAGACUGCCAUCACCCUCUCCACCCGCAAACGCAAAAAGCACGGACCGGCCGUCUCGAGCGCAUGGCCCUCUGCUAACGGCCCCGGCGCGAAGCCUCGCGGGCGACCACCAGCGAGCCGGAAUGUGCAAGAUGGCCCAUUCACAACCUUCCCGGCCGAUCCGGUCAACGACAGGACGUUGGAGCCAGCGUUUACUGCGCCGGUAGCCUCGAUGGACCCAUGUCCUGCCUUUGAUGAGCGGAGUCCCAUGUCUGCAAAUCGCCCAGUCUCCGCAACAGGGGAGACACUGAGCCGGCCUGGCCGACUCUCUCUUCAAGUCCCGCCCCACACGGGCGGGCCAGUGAGACUGGCAACACCACCACGUGUGCUGGUGAAUGGGGAGACGAACGAGGUGAAUGCAAACACCGGACGAGCAGCAGUUUCAAAGGAACGGAGAGAAGCCCCUACCGUCAUCGAUCGGGCGAUUCCAGGCUUCUCGUAUGAAGUGCUUAGACGCACCCUCACCAGCGUCUUGCUAAGGGCAGACCUGACGGGUCGACGAGCACGCCUAAGUGGUGACGAGGCUAAGCGCCUUGCGGACUCGGUGCUCGAACGCUUCAACAUCCCUCGCACAGAUACAGACGUCUCGCGAGACGACAUCGCUCGGCUUACCGCCGCGUCGUGGUUAGGCAUGGGCGAGCACCUCAAUGUCCCUCUUGGACCAGCCGCUGGCCACAAUCAGAAGAUCACAGUGGCCCGCUUCCGCACGGACGACGAAGGUUACGAGCAACUCGUCUCCGCCGACGAAGAUGACGCGACUGAGAUCCGCAGCGUCUUCGACUUCUCCUGGACCGCUACUACAGGCGGAUGCACGGGGACUUUCGAGCUCCGCGGCCUUUCACUAAGCCCUCCUGCCGCCCCACAAGGUCUAGACAUCCACGACCAAGUGCUAGAGACAUUUUCCGAGACGGCUAGGCGCAUUGGAAUGGACUCCUCCGCUGCGCAGCGCAUGAGGUCACGGAUGGAAGAGUCGGGAGUGUCGAAGCUGUCGGACCCUUCAUCUAUUGGCGCGGACGGCAUUGAUUGGAAGAUUCGGGCGAAAGCGCUGGAGUUUGGGGCCAAUAUAGCAAAGGGCGAGUUCGAGAGGUUUAGGGAUCGAGUGAUUGAGCGAUUACUGGAUGAUUUGUUGGGAUUUAGUAACGACCGAAUGUCUUGAUAUGAGGCAUGCGGGGAAUGAAGCUCGGCAACCCAAGCUUCACCUCGACCUCCAUAUGACACAAUCACUCUUUCCGAUC